CCAAAGAUGCUCCUCCCCCCUCCUAUAAAAGGAGAGGUGCCCCAAUGUGAAGGGGAGGCCAAUUCACACUCUUCACUCCUUCCCUGCCCAUUUACUCUCUCUCUACAAAGUUCUUAGAGUAUAUAUUUUUCUUCUUCUUCAAGAGCUGAAAAGCUCCAUUAAUGGCUUCCUAGCCUAAAUUAUGUACCGUGUACACACCCCCGAUAUUAAUAAAAAUCCCCCGUUGGCAAGGUACCGCCAAAAAAGGCCCGUGGUUUUCUCCCGAUUUGGGUUUCCACGUAAAAAUUCAUGUGUUUAUAUUUUGGUGUAUUUUUUAGACUAGUUUAUUAUUUUAGCCGGGCUAAAAACGAUAUACCAGUCGAUAAUUUACACCAUCAUUUUGGCGCCGACCGUGGGACCGAGAGUUUACCCAUUGAAUACCACAAACGAGAGAGAGAUCAAAGAGAAAAAUAGAGUCACAGGAUGGCUACACGAGAAAAAAGAGAGAGAGGGGAGCAUGAUACUUUUUUUCUUUCCUCCCCACGCCAACAACAAAAAAAAAAAGAGGAAAAGAGAUACAAUAGCCUAUUGUUCAAAUAUUUGCAGAUGGAGUGCUGCCAUUCCUCAAAAAGGGCGAUUGUUAUGCUAAAGAUCACCAUCAAGCUGCUGUUACAAGCAAGUCAUAGCUAACAGAAGGAGCAGGAGAUCAAUGCGAGAAGGAGCCAAAGUUCAUCUACGUAUUUGCUGUCCAAUAUGUCCGUCCGCGGCAACCAUUGUUCUCGGGAUUUGCUUCCGCCGUUGCUCGGCCGCACGGCCUCCAUAGACUGAUUAAGCCGCCCAAGUCCAUCACAGCCGCUGGUCCAGCAACCGCACGCCAACGCCAUACUGAAGGUUCAUAGCCACCGCCGCUGCAAUCCACCCUCGCAACCUCCGGACGGUGAGGAUAGCCGCGGUUAAAAUCCAAAGUCAUUAUCAAAUAGAGGAAGUUGAUCGCUGCCACCGCUGCUCAAAUCCGCCGUCGCCGCCGCUGCCGUUGCUUAGACCUGCCGCCGCCGCUGGUCUUGAGACUUGCCGCCGCCUACGAACCGCGUUGAGGGGGGGCAGAUCUAGAUGUUGUAGUAGAAAUCAACUACCGCCGCCGCCAACUAGCUUUUGUUGGCCACCUAUCCUGCAUGCAUCCACAAAUGCAAGGGUGCUCAAACACUUGCUGGUCACCAUUUGAAUUUGCUGCCACAGAAGCCGCCGAAUAUACACGCACCCGCACUCCCGUUGAGGUCCGCCGUCGUUACCACGGAAGCCAACAACUAUCGCAGCCGUCGCUGAAACAACCGCUCUGCAGCGACGUCGUUGAGGCCAGCCACCACUCCUGCGCCGACGUCGUUGACGUCUAGAGGUCUCGAACCUCGAAUGAAAUCUACCCCGUGCUUGCAUCAAAGCCUGACGCCGGAAAGUAGAUCAAGAUCACAUGGUUGUGCUACUGUGCUGAAAAAAAUGCAGAGUGCAUGAUGGGCUUUGCUCUUUGUAUCUUUUCUCUUGUCCUCACAACAGGAUUUGAUCAAUAUAAGAAGGAUGUGGCCCUACUUGGUCAUCUCAAACAAGAAAGAAAGAGCUACGGAAAUUUGCUGGCCAACAAAGUAAAGAGUAAAACAUUAGCUUUGAUCCAAAAAAAAAGCUACUGGGCUACGUGGGUUGAUCCCUCACUUAUUUCAUCAUGGGGCCUCAAAUAACACGGCAAGUUAAAGUUCAAAGGAAGAAGACAAGGAGAAUCUCAAAAAUUAAUGUGAUGUGCACAGUAAAGGGAUAUGAUCCAAAUACAGCUGGUGGAGGCUCAAUUUCAAAUUAUUUGGUGGGCAUAUUUGAUUCACAGGCAAUACUCCAUAAACAAUUGGACAGAAAAAAGAGAUAAUUCCCAGUGGCCCACCCACUAGAGAGGGUCUCAAAAUUAUGGGACUUAUUUUUGGCACACUGGUUACUACACCGGUCUUGUUCAAUACUUUACAAAGAAAGGAAGGAAGACCGAGACACAAGCCGAGCUUGGUACGCUGGUUACGACACCGGUCUUGCUCAGUAUUAAAAAAAAAGAGGAAGACUGAGACACAGGCCCGGCCUGGCACGCUGGUUACUACACCGGUCUCGCUCAGUAUAAUAAAAAAAAUAUUAAAAUAUGUGACACAGGCCCGGCCUGGCACGCUGGUAAAUAUCAUUCUUGUGCGCGAGACAGGCCAAGAAUGAUAUACACACCGGUCUUGCACAUAUUUUCUCGUAAGUCUGGACCCAAUCGAAUUGGGUACACCGGUGUCUCAGCUGAGCCCUUAUCGGGGACGCCCGAUUUUUCAGGCCCUUUGAACAAGGCACUCCAGAAGUGAUCUCUACAUGACACAAAGAUAUUUGCACUAGCAUCGAUCUUCAACAAAGCUGCUGCAACGUACUCAAUUCUUAUUAACUAAAGUCAAUGUCGUCUGUAUACUAAUUUUGUCAUGCAUCGUUUACUUAGUUCGUACUAACAUCGGUCUCGACGAAAUAACUACUUGAAGCACCGCCGCUUCAUCGUACUAACUCCGGUGUCGUAUAACUACUCGAAGCAUCGUUGCUUUAUCGAACUGACAACGCUCUUGUUACAAUAAUUAUUCGCGCGAAGUCUAAUCACUCUAACUCCGAGCUCCUCGGUAAAAAUAAUAAUUUGAGCACGGCAUAGGCCGGUCAAAAAAAAUGUUGUACAUAUUAUUUUUGCAGGAAAACCUUCUGAUUCAAGAAACUGGAGAAUUAAUGAAGACUCAGAGGACUAGCAAUAAUAUCAAUCGGUCAAGAAUCCAAAGUACGAAGAUCGAAGAUAGCACUCGGAGGACUUGUUUACUUUUUCAAGUUGAUGAUUCUCACAACUUAAAAAAGUGGAGGACUUCUUGAUGGGAAAUAAUACGUGGCUCGGCCCACAUUUCCCAAUUGUUUACGAAGAACAGUCAAACCGGACCUGUUUAAUAAAAUGGAGGAAUAAGAGAAUAUUCCCCAAAGAUGCUUCUCCCCCCUCCUAUAAAAGGAGGGGUGCCCCCAAUGUGAAGGGGAGGCCAAUUCACACUCUUCACUCCUUCCCUGCCCAUUUACUCUCUCUCUACAAAGUUCUUAGAGUAUAUAUUUUUCUUCUUCUUCAAGAGCUCAAAAGCUCCAUUAAUGGCUUCCUAGCCUAAAUUAUGUACCGUGUACACACCCCCGAUAUUAAUAAAAAUCCCCCGUUGGCAAGGUACCGCCAAAAAAGGCCCGUGGUUUUCUCCCGAU